GUCCUCAUCAGAAAUUUCGAAUAAGCGACGAGUUGUGAUCGUACGGGAGAAAUCAAACAAGUUUGUUUUUCGUCAUCAGAAGUUGGUUUAAAUAUUAUGUCGUUCGAAGAGAAUUUAAUAUUGGAGGUCCAGGCAAGACCUCUAUUGUGGAAUAAAGAAAAUGAACACUAUAAAAAUCAGAAUAAGGCUCACGAGGUGUGGGAGAAGAUAACAAGAUCGUUGGGAAAACCCAGAGAAGUGGUGAAGACCAAAUGGAGAAAUUUGAGGGAUACUUUCCAAAAGGAACGGAAAAAAGUUACUGUUUACCGUUCGGGUGAUCCAGGUAGUCCAACUCUCACUAAUUACACCGGGAAGUGGGUGUAUAGUAUUUCAACGACUUAUGGUUCCUAAAAGACGUCAUGAAACCUCGUGAAACUGAAGGCAACUGCCCUGAAGAGUCUCAAGAAAGUGAGGCGAACUCUGCAGAACAAGAUAUUCUACCAGAGGGGAUGAGAAACGCACAAACGCCCUCCUCGCAAGAGCAUGGUACCCCAUUUUGCGAGUUAGCACCACAGUUUACAGAGACAAACGGUUACAUAACGCAGCCUACGGAUACAGUAGAAAUUCGCCAACUAUUUGAACAAUCCAACUGGCAUCACCACCAUCACAGUC